AUGUCAUCUGAUUACUCAGACAUGCCGUUACCUCCUAACUGGGAGUCUCGACUCGACUCAGAAUCCGGCCACUGGUAUUAUAUCAAUCAUGAGGAUAAGACUACUAGUUGGGAUGAUCCACGACCUGCAUAUUAUUCUGCUCAACAAAUAGACCUUUUAAAUACUUAUCGAAUGGGUUUUGGUGAUCGACAAGAUUUAAUUGGUGAAUUUUUCGACAUACCUGAAAUUUAUUCUAAGUCACAAAAAAAUCCAAAAUCUGUUAACCCUAAACCAUGCGAUGAUCGUAGUAAAGAUGGUCCCGCUACAAAAACACAUCGUAGUCGAAUUGAACCAAAUGGAGAAAAUUCAUCACGAAAAGAUACUUAUUCCAAAGGAAGAACUACUUCAACACAUCGUAAUCGUGAAUCAAAAUCAAGUGUUUGUUCACAAAAUGAUCAUGAAUCAUAUCAUUCAUCAAUUUAUUUUUCACCGAAAACUAAUAAAAAACCUAAGUAUGAUUCAUUGUUACCAAAAACACCAACAGAUAAUGAUGAUCACAAUGUUGAUGAUAAUGUUUUUGCUACGGAAUCAAUUAAAAAAGGAGACACAUCAGAAUCCACACAAAAUGAUAAAGAGUCACUUCAAAUCAACAGGUUGUCGCUAGAAAAACACGUUGAUACUGCUGUUACUACUACAACUGUUACUUCCAAUACCGUUAUUCUCACUGAAAAUAAUCCAUUGCAAAAGGUUAAUACUACAGAAACAUCGGUUGAAAAGCAGUCAUUGAAUAAUGGAUCAUCUAUACAUCCAGACCAAACAAUGGGUUUAAUUCUUUGCUCAACUGAAAAAUUACGUCGUUAUCAACCUAUUGGUCCAAAUCCUAAAUUACUCGGUUCACGUAUAAUUCCACAUGGUCCGAAUCCUUUAUUUGUUCAUGGACCAAAUCCAUCAUUAGUACAUGGUUCAAUUUAUCAAUAA